UCUUCUUUAUUUCCACCCACCAUGGACUCCUUGAUUUCCAAAGGGAAUGCAGUUAAACCACUCAACAAAAAGAGAAAACGUGGAAACACCGAAAAACGACCGGCCAAACCCCCGCCGCCCUCGGACCUGACAGCAGCCUCCAUCUCUCGAACGACAUCUCUCCCAAAAUCCCUCCGUCCGACAUCACCACCUCCAGGGCAAAUUCCAAAACAUUCACACGUAAAAGAUAUUAAGUUACGCUCCCAUCUAAACCGACAGGCUUCCAAUGCUGCGAGAACGAAGGCACUCCUGCGCGAUGCAGAACUUCUACUUACCAACGAUGCUGGAACAAUCCAGGUGGAGAACGAAAUGGAGCGUACAUGGCGUGUGAGUCAAAAGGAGAUUGUAGAGGACGUUGGCCGAGAAGCUGCGAAAGGCAGACAGGAGUGGAAGCUUGAUGGCGGUCCGUAUCGAUCACGGUACACGAGAAACGGCAGGCACUUGGCUAUUGUCGGUAAAACUGGUCAUGUUGCAACAUUCGAUUGGCAAACUGGCACAAUGCACGCCGAACUCCAGUUACAAGAGACAUGUCGCGAUAUAACAUUUCUUCAAGACCAAUCUUUUUUCGCAGUUGCGCAGAAAAAAUAUGCGUUCAUAUACGACCGCGACGGCGUAGAGAUUCAUCGACUGAAAGCACAUAUCGAGCCGACACGGCUAGAGUUUCUGCCAUACCAUUGGUUACUAGUCUCUGUGGGAAAUACUGGCCAUUUAAAAUACCAAGAUACAUCAACUGGUAGCCUUGUAGCAGAUCACCGAACCAAACUAGGUGCUUGCCGUACCAUGACUCAAAACCGACAUAACGCUGUCAUACACCUAGGCCACCAAAACGGUGUUGUGACUUUAUGGACUCCUAACCUUCCUCAUCCUGCAGUACAGCUACUCGCGCAUUUAGGACCGGUUGUAGGUUUGAGUGUGGAUCCAAGCACUGGUGGAAGGUACAUGGCGUCCUCUGGCGCAGAUGGCACAGUCAAAGUUUGGGAUUGUCGCAAUUGGAAGGGGUGCGUUCGGGAAUGGACGACUAGAGGUGGGGGUGCUGAGCUGGAGUGGAGUGCGAAGGGUGUGUUGGCGGUGGCUACAGGGGGGAGUGUCAAUAUGUACACAAAACCAUCCAUCCAAACAUUCUUCGCUCCAAAAGUUCCUCCACCCCUCUAUCUAACCCAUUCGAUUCCACAUAGACCACUUACCUCCGUGCGAUUCUGUCCGUUUCAGGACAUCCUCACUGUAGGGCACAACGCCGGUCUUUCCAGUAUCCUUGUCCCUGGAUCCGGAGAAGCCAACUUCGAUAGUGCGGAGGCUGAUCCAUUUGAGAACAAGAAAGCUAGACGGGAGCGAGAAGUUAAGGGUUUGUUAGAUAAGAUCCAACCGGAUAUGAUUGCUUUAGAUCCAGACUUCGUUGGAUCAUUAGCUCCACCACCGAAGUUGACGACUGCCGUUAAUGACAAACACGACAUCCCCUUCGCACGUCUUCCCCGCCUGGAAAGGCUUCGUAUAGAGGGAAAAGCGGAGGAAACAGAAAUCGAUGCCGAUGCUGACGAGGUCGGUGGUGCCAACGAAGAAGAGGGUGUUGUGAGCACUAACGACAAGAGGUCAGUGGGUGAGCGGGAGAAGAAGAGGAUGCGCGGGCGGGGAAAGAGCUUGAAGCGGUAUCUGAGAAAGCAACGCAAAAACGUUAUUGACCCCACAGCUGUCGCCAUUCGGUCUAAAUUAGAGAAGCAAAGGGAAGAAAAACGUAUUGCGAAGGAGAGAGCAAAAGGGGAGAUAGAGCCCAAGAAGCCAUCAGCACUGGAUCGCUUCAGACGUCCAUGACGUUAGGGACGUUGUUACUAUGUUCCCACUCGAUGUCUGUAGGCAUUUCGAUGCUACAUUCAAACCUCGUUCCUUGGAACCUGCA